AAGCGCAAGAUGGCGGCGGACGCGGAGUAUGGGCCGCUGGAGGAGGCGGUGGAAGAGCCGCGGAGCUUCAAGGACCUGGGAGUAACAGAUGUGCUGUGUGAAACUUGUGACCAGUUGGGAUGGAAGACACCAACUAAAAUUCAAGUUGAGGCUAUUCCUGUGGCUCUCCAAGGCCGGGAUAUCAUCGGGCUGGCAGAGACAGGCUCUGGAAAAACAGGGGCCUUUGCUUUGCCCAUCCUGCAGACACUGCUGGAAACACCCCAACGCUUCUUUGCUCUUGUCCUCACACCAACCCGAGAGCUCGCCUUCCAGAUCUCGGAGCAGUUUGAAGCUCUUGGAUCCUCCAUUGGUGUCCAAAGUGCGGUUAUUGUGGGUGGAAUUGACAUGAUGUCACAGGCUCUGACCUUAGCCAAGAAGCCACAUGUUAUAAUUGCAACACCUGGCCGUCUGAUUGACCAUCUGGAGAACACAAAAGGUUUCAACUUGCGAGCUCUUAAGUACCUGGUUAUGGAUGAAGCUGACCGGAUCCUCAACAUGGAUUUUGAGACCGAGGUGGAUAAGAUCCUAAAAGUGAUUCCCCGAGACAGGAAGACAUUCCUCUUUUCUGCCACCAUGACCAAGAAGGUGCAAAAGCUUCAGCGUGCUGCACUGAAGGACCCUGUUAAAUGUGCUGUUUCCUCCAAAUAUCAGACAGUUGAAAAACUGCAGCAGCAUUAUAUUUUCAUCCCCUCCAAAUUCAAGGACAGUUACCUGGUUUAUAUCCUUAAUGAACUGGCUGGGAACUCCUUCAUGAUAUUCUGCAGUACCUGCAACAACACUCAAAGGACAGCUCUCCUGCUCCGCAACUUGGGUUUCACUGCCAUACCCCUCCAUGGACAGAUGAGUCAGAAUAAGCGACUGGGAUCCCUGAACAAGUUCAAGGCAAAGGCCCGUUCCAUUCUGCUGGCUACAGAUGUUGCAAGCAGAGGUCUGGACAUCCCACAUGUGGAUGUGGUGAUAAAUUUUGAUAUUCCCACACAUUCCAAGGAUUACAUUCACCGUGUGGGGAGGACGGCUCGAGCUGGACGGUCUGGCAAAUCCAUCACCUUUGUCACUCAGUAUGAUGUGGAACUAUUCCAGCGCAUUGAGCACCUCAUUGGCAAGAAGCUGCCUGUAUUCCCCACACAGGAGGAGGAGGUCAUGAUGCUAACAGAGCGUGUGGCUGAAGCCCAGAGAUUUGCUCGUAUGGAGUUGCGGGAGCAGGGAGAGAAAAAGAAGCGAUCCCGGGAUGAGGCCAAUGAUGACGAUGACACAGAGGGAGCUACAGGUGUCAGGAACAAGGUGGCUGGUGGGAAAAUGAAGAAAAGGAAAGCCCGUUAGCCAAGACUUCUGUCCCCUUUGAGUUUACGUGGGGUGGGGCAGUACCUACCACACAGUAUUUCCAUCAAACCUGAAGCCUCCAGAACUACACUUGUAAAUGGCAGGCCAGUUGGAAAGAAAUUUUCCAUCAUGUUUGCGUCUCCAGCACCGUCUUCAGUCAUAGGGUGAACCUGCACCCUGGUAGUAUGCUGGAACCCGUCCUCCUACUGAGGGUUGGUAUCUGUUCUAAUGCUGGGCUGUAAGAGGGAGUCGUCUCCUGCAGCUGGACUGUCCCCUGGACCUGGAAGCAACAGUCUCCUGGCAAAGCCCAUUUUUAUAGGGAUUAAAUGGGAAAUGUUGGCCUAUGGACACCUUUUCCCCCAAUCAUGCUGCAGCCUAUCAUCACUCACCAUCCAAACCUCAAUGAGUGCCUCUUUAUAAGACAAUUGGAAGGAAGAAGAAAACUGAGAAGCACCUUAAAUUUUCCAGAGUAUGCAUAUGAUGCUCCAGGAUGGGAUUCUUGCCUUGAACAGAGACACUCCUGCUGGGGCAAAAACUCCAAAUAUAUUUUGCUUAACCACAAA